UUGUUAGUCAAACAAAUUAGGUUCAGUUUUGCGGAGGCUGGAAAAUCAUGGAAUGAAUAAUUCUACAAUUUAUGGCUAGAAGAUAUUGCCAAUUUAAGAAGUAUUUACUCAUGCAUGAGGUUUAAGGAGUUGACAAUAAUGACAAACUAUUCAGUUUAGCUUUCCUCAAAAAAAAAAAAAAAAAAAAAACAGUUUAGCAAUUAGCACACUAAAUACGACCUUUUUACGCUCAUUAAAUCCUUACUUAUCGAAAGCGCUACGUCAUGCUGAGUUGGUGACUGAAGAAAUCUUUCUUGAAAAAUAUGUUAUUCAAGUCUAUGUCACGAGGAUACAUUAAUCAUUGACAUUUUCAAUUUACUUUAUGUCAAAAUAAUAUAAAAGUUUAAUAAAGGUUAAGGGAAGUAUAAGUUUUUGGAAUGAAACUCGUUUUAGAUUAAUAAAGGGGUUAAAGUCAUAGCACAAAAAGGCUUCAAAAAAAGGGAAAAAAAAGCCAUAGCACAAUUAAGUUUGAAUUGAAAUUAAGCUAAUACGAAAUAUUAAAGUAGCAAGUAUACCAGAAGAUACAAUUUUCACUUUUUACUAACGCAAAUAUAUACUAGCCUUUUGAUUUUCUCCUCCUGAAAACUAUACGAGUUGAAUUCUUCUCCGAUCUACCAAAACAUACUCUUAAUGUCAUUUGAUGAUUUAGAUCAUCUAGAUGUCAUUUGAUGAUUUAGAUCAUCUAGAUGUUUCGACGUACAUUUUUUCUUCUUGUUGGCAUUGCAACAAUAUACAAGUAUUUAUUUAUGAACACUAAAACAUGGAAGUGAUAGAUGGCCUAAUUACGUAUUAACGUAUGAUAAAUUAAAGCUGUAGUAGUGCUGUACACUUGUACUCCCUAUGUUUGGAUCGAAAUUGAUGAGAUAUGAAGCACGUACUAUUUUAGAUGUACAAUAAACACAACAUUUCAUAAAAUAGUAAUAGUAUCCAUACUGGAUUAGGAUGUCUCAACUCAUAUGAAAAUUAUACAAUACAUGUUUAACUUAAUUGAGUAACGAGAAGAUAGAAAUGACACCAUAUAUAUCACUAUUCACUGGUGUAGAAUUAUAUAGGUACAUUAUUUUAACUUAAUUGAGUAACGAGAUGAUAGAAAUUAAAUAACACUAGAUGCACACAUCACUGGCGUAGAAUUGAAAUAUCUACUCUACUAGCUUACCCCAUUAACUAUCAAGGUUGUCUUUCUACGUACAUUAUAUACAUGUUCAAUAGCAAGGGUGCGUAUGCUAAUAGUUUGAGAAAUUCUUAAGAUAAGUUGUUAACUUUGACAUUCUCCUUAUAAACAAUCUAUAUGCAUGAUUGUCCUUAGAACUGAUAGGCCUGGAUGAUAAGGGAAAAAUAUGAAUUAUGGCUAUACAUUAUUUGUCCUAAAAAAUACAAAAAUAUGCAAAAAAAUAAAAUAAAUGACAACUUAGCUUCCUAAGGGCAAUAUAAACUACAGUAGUUACUUUUGCAUAACAUAGAUGACAGUCAUUUGUAGCUAACCCAUCAUAUAAUUAAUAUAUAUUUAGUCAUCAAAUGGAAUUUUAAUGAUCAUAGAAUUCAUACUACCUAAUCUUAGUUUUUCCACUUUAAUUGCUACAGUAUAUAAUCAGCCAUAUUAUAUAAACUGAGCCUCUUACAUCCCUAACAUCCCAUUUGUAUAUCACAGCCUUAGCUUUCUAAAUCAUAGUCCUAUAAAUAAAAUUCAUUUGCGUAAACUUUUUGUUCCAAUUUUAACAUAAAAUGGCUCCUACUCUUAUGCCUGUGCAAGAGAUACUCCAAAGCGGCGUGGUGCCUAAAGGCUACAUACAGCCCGAAGAUGACUACCAAGUUGGUAAUGGCUCUCCUCCGUUGAUGGAUGCUCCGACGAUUGAUUUUUCUCUCCUCUCAUCGUCGUCUCCUGAUGAGCUUGCAAAGCUUUGCUCCGCUCUCAGUUCAUGGGGCUGUGUUCAGCUAGUGAAUCAUGGUAUACCACUUUCAAUACUAGACGAGGUACGAGAAAUGAGCAAACAAUUCUUCAAACUGCCUCUUGAAGAAAAGGAAAAGUACUCCUCAAAGGGAGAAGACUUGGAAGGUUAUGGAAAUACAAAUGCUGUUCAACGUGGAAGUCUCAAUUGGAAUGACAAGCUUCAUCUCCAAGUUUAUCCCGAGGACAAGCGCCAACUUCAAUUUUGGCCUAAAAAUCCCGAAAAGUUUAGGACAACAUUGCAUGAUUAUUCAAAGAUGAACCGAAUGAUACUCGGGACGUUCUUAAAAGCUAUGGCACGUUCCUUGGAUUUAGAAGAAGACCGUUUUCUUGCAUUAUGGGGAGAUGAAAACGAAGAUAUGACAUUUGCAAGGUUCAACUUUUACCCUCGAUGCCCGAUGUCGGAUCAAGUUGUUGGACUUAAACCUCAUGGAGAUGGAACUGCCAUUACCAUGCUCUUGCAAGAUAACGAGGUUGAAGGUCUUCAAGUUGUCAAAGAUGAUCGAUGGUUUCGUGUUCCCGUCAUCCCUCAAGCCAUCACCAUCCUUGUUGGUGAUCAGAUGGAGAUAACAAGUAACGGCAUCUUUAAAAGUCCAACCCACAAGGCGGUGGUAAACCCUAAAUAUGAUCGGAUCUCCUUAGCAAUGCUUUUCAUCCCGAGUGCAGACAGAGAGAUUGGACCACUAGAUGAACUAAUCAAUGAAGAGAGGCCGCAGUUAUACAAAAGGCUCAAGGAUUAUGGCCAAGUUUACACACAAUCUAUUCCUUCAGGAGAAAGGCCUAUCAGUAUAGUGAAGAUUAUUCACUGAAAUUUUCUAGAUGUGCAUGAUUAUCACAUUGUUUCAUUGUGUGUUGAUCGGGACACAAAGAUGAGCCACUUAAUUUUCAAUAAUGUAAUGGACUAAUGUGUGUGUCUUAAUUUGAUUUGGUGUUUUAUAUAUUUACUUGUUAUUAAUUGUAAUAGGUACUAUCCUUGACACUCCCAACCUCUUGUAAUAAUGGAAUAGUCUUAGUCUAUUAUACAUCAUCUUGAUUCUUGAGGUAGUUUAUUGUGGGGAGGCAAAUAAUAAAAACAUUUACAUACAUAAUACAUAC